AUGACACUGGCGAACUAUUUCCUUUUCGUUUCGAUAUUUCUUGAUAUCUGCAGUUUGAAAUUAGCCACAAACUGCCAGAGAAGAUGCGAACAAAGCAGUGGAAGUAUUGGUAAGACGGGAAUAAAACAUCUGGCUAUGCAGGGACACAGCUUUAGAAAUUACACGCUGUCGAAACCGUUUGACUGUCAUGUAAAAUGCUUUGAGGAGAAAUGUAAAUGCCAAGCGUACCAAAUAAGGGAAAAUCGAUGCGAGUUGCUGGAUGAAGACAGAUUUUCUGCUCCUGAAGACUUCCUCAAGGAAAAGGGAUACACUUAUUAUGAAAUGAAAAGAGAAUACGUCAAUCAGGUAACCAGUGAAUCUAAUGUCGAAUGUCUCCGGCUUUGCCAAAGGAAGACACAGACAGUCUGUCGAGAUUAUACUUAAUCAGAGUAAUCAUUAUAUUUCGGCUUUAUUCGGUAUUGCCUCGUCCUGUAGUUAACAAAAGAGGUUGCAAUCUUUUGAUAGAAAUGCACUAUCUUGGAAUCGGGGGGUACUCCUGGGAAUUCUUGGUGGGGGUGUGCCGCCUGGUUCUCCAAAUCCUGACCCUAUUUCAGACUGCGAAAAACUGUAAUUUUCCACACCCGUUUUCAGACCCGACCUCUAAAAUCCAUACCCGUUUCCAGACCUGUCCUUUAGGCAGAAACUAUGUUAGCUUUACUUAGCCUGGAGCGCAAACAAAACAAUUCUUCAAAUCCAAUUCGAAUUCCCAAAUUUCUCUUUCUUUCUUACUCAUUUGGAAUUGAGACGACAAAUACGUUCAUACACUUCCGUAAGUGCCCUCGAAGAAAACCAUACCCGUUUUCAGACCAAAACAGCACAAAAACCCUACCGGUGGGGUGGCACAUACCUGUAUACUAGCUUAUAUAGGGGAGUACCCCCCGGGUUUGGAAGGCUGACGUUUUGAAAAGGAGGACAACAUGCAUCUCAGCUUUCAAAUUUCGUGUCGCUUUUUUAAGGAUGUGGUACUUAAAAUCUUGUUCCUUAAUUUUCAGCACCCUCUUUUCUUCAGAGACCCCUUUAUGUCCCUCUUGAAAUUAAGAACUUUUGGUUACACUUCCCCUCAUGGUGCAGGUUGUUCGAAUCCCAAAAAUAUUGGAUGGAUUAACAAUAUCUGUAACUCACGUCGUGUGGUUUCUGUGUUCCCUUUCUUAUUUUGAGGCAAGAGGUUUCUUGUUUGUGCAAAACAAUGUGGAAGAAAAAAUAGCUUUCUUGAUUUUUCUUGUGCUUAACGCUCUGCGCGCCGAGCUCUUUACAAAACAUUCCCAUAUUGUUGACAGUUUAUAAAGCAAGGAAGUUGAUUCAACAGAGUAAAUAUUGCGCAUUUGCAAAUUGGGCAAACCUAAAAGCGGAGCUUUAAUUAAAAUUCAUAAGAAGGAGAUAUUAUUUAAGGCACAUUAUAAAAAAGAGAGGGUCGUGCAAAUAAUAAUCUAUAAUCAUGUAUAAAGAUUAUUCCUACAUGCACUUUUAACAUACUCUCCCGUUGUACUAUAGAAAUUUGUAAACGAGGCUUGCAAAGAGCAACCACUCCUUAACAAGUGCUGUAAUCAGAAUUUAUGUGCUCAUGGUGGCACCUGCACUGAGUUAUGUGAAGACGCUAAAAUCAAGUUCAACUGUACAUGCGCAGUGGGAUAUUACGGCAGACUUUGUCAGAAACGAAGAGCAACAUCUUGCAAAGAGCAACUACGGGAAAACGAAGGCAGCAAGUCCGGAGUGUAUCAACUGUUUGACCCAACGACUAUGUCCAUGUACGAGGUCUUUUGUGAUGCUAUCUCUGAAAAAGGGUUCAUUUGGACUUUGAUCGAAUCUUUCAGCCUUCGUAACAAUCAUGAAUUUAAGGACAAAGCAUUUUACAAAGACUAUCCAAAAAAUCAGGAAGCUUUUACAUGGGGCAAGUUUCGUCUAUCUUUGCCACGUAUGACAGCCACAGCAAACCGUUCAACGCACUUGCGAGCAACGUGCAACUUUAACACUGAAGACCUUAAAUACAGAGAUUACUUAAGGGCCAAGUUGAAUGAUAUCGACGUUAUGCGCUUUAAUGGCCGUGGUGCAUGUAAAAAAUACGAAUUUAUUAGCAUCCGAGGAUAUAACUGUAGCAACUGCACGGCUCAGUUCGUCCAAACAGAUAAUUGGCAUGCGCAUACUGAUUCGUUUUACGGUCCAACGAUCGGGUGUCAGUUUACCAGCCAAUCCACAGGUGCAGUGAGGUUACCGGGAGGGGAGGAUAACUUCGGAUGGUAUGAAACAGUCAAUCCGGUUCACAGAUGUGUAUCGAGUAAUGAUUCCACCACUCAGUGGUGGUUUGGAGUUCGGCAUCACUAG